AUGCAAGGUAUCAAGCGUGUAUCUGAUCCCGUGACAAAGAAGCAACCAAUCACCCCGGCCUUCCUCCGACUGCUUCACCGGAGCCUCGACACCUCUCAGCCCCGAAGCCGUCUUCUCUGGGGCUCCGUGCUACUUGGAUACUUCUUUCUCCUGCGGCGUUCAGAGUAUCAGCGAGACGGAUCGCGAAGACACCCGUUCUGCUUGAAGACAACGAACGCCUACUUUUCGGACAAGACCGGGUGCCCUACUUCAGAACGCGCUGCUGUGUCGGUGACCAUCGGGCUGGCUGGGUCGAAGAACGACCAGUACGGAAGAGGAGCGUGGAGAACGAUGCACGCAACGGAUGAUCCGCUGCUGUGCCCCAAGCAGGCACUCCACCACAUACUACGUGCCCGUCAGGAGCUGAGCUACGAUCGCUCGGUGCAUUUGUGUGCGGACCUCGACGCCGCGGAAGUGAACCGGGCCCUGAAGGCGUUGGCGACAAGGAUCGGUGUUCCACCAACGAGGUAUUCCACCCACUCUAUUCGCGCGGGCGGAGCCACAGCACUGUUGAACGGACGAGCUGACAGUCUGUCGAUCAAGCUCCUGGGCCGAUGGAUGAGCAAUUGCUACGAAAGCUAUCCCGUUUUAGCGGCUCAGGCAACCGUGAGUCUCUCUCAACAGAUGAUACAAGACGACCAAGAACUCCGGCCAAGCCCACGAGUGUGGUAAGCAUUACUAUGGGGCCACUCACCACGCCCCCACGCGUGACCGGAGGAGCUCAACAUGUUCACCCCAAAAAAAAGAAGAGUCUUGCGUAUUGGAAACUCCACACUGUACCAGCAUGGUCAAACUCACGCUCACCGUCGCCGCCGUCAUGACCGCAGCUGCCGUCCUCGCCGAUAUCGGGGUGACUCAGCCAGACUCGCCGCACCACAGGCAGUUCCUUCGCCACGCAGGACCGAACGGAAGUGGCGUCGGCUUCGGCUCUGCGGGGAGCAGUCCCCGCGACCCUUCUUCGUCUGCUGACCGAGACGAUGCUGGCAG